AACGCGACGCGACGCGCCGCGCCUGUCGAACGAACGUCAGGUUUUUUGCGAAAGAAAUCCCCUCUUUUUUUUCGCCAAGACAAAUCAAAGAAGAAACGAAGGAAUCACCAAACUCGCGGGUGUGCGUACGCGCGGAAAAAUUAUGAGUGUUCGCGAGCGUCGGAUCUCUUGUACUUAUGAGUGCCUGGUGGACGCGUUAAAAAAUCGGAGUGCUACCUGGACGGACCUUUGUAGAUUUAGCGGGAUUGGAAUCUGAGUCUUUGGACCCUUUCAGGUCAUUUCGGCAUGGCGGGCAUAGCGGCCGCCGGUCUCGAGGUGCACGAGGCGGGCCGAGCGUUGCGCGUGCAAACGGAAGCACCGCAUCUCGUCUCCAUGGGAAGCGGACGACUGUCGACGGCCGUGACUUUGCAUCCUCUGCCCGAAGGUAAGAUCACGCUGGGAUCGAACCGAGAUGCGGAUAUUUUGGUUGCCGGCACCGGCGUCGAGCCCGUACACUGCGCGAUCGAGAACAAUAACGGCGUGGUUACGCUUCAUCCCAUAAAUGGAAACACGUCUGUCGAUGGUGUGCCGAUAAAUUCGCCAGUGAGACUCGCGCAAGGUUGCAUGUUAUCGAUAGGUCGAUCGACCUACAUGCGCUUCAAUCACCCAGCCGAGGCAAAGCAUCUACGAUCCGUCCUUCCCCACUCACGAAUCUCAAUGGCGCCGAUAAGCUUCGCCUUACCCGAAGGCCAGCCGCAAGAGAUCCACCACUUGGAGCGAAAGCCGCCAGUCGCGCCGCGAAAAUCUCCCAGAAACUCAUACUCCGACGACGAGAUCGGGUUUUUGGGCAAACUGACCAAAUUCGAAAUGCUGUCAAAGCAAAACAGAACUAACUGCGUCUCGCCGAAGGUCUUUCCCGCCGGCGCUCUCACAACAAACGUUCCGGCCGACCAGAUCCUCGGUCACUCGAGAUCGCCGAGUCUGGUGUCCUUGACGAAGUCUCCGGUGAACGGUUGUAACGCUAGUAAUAACAACAGUCUUGAUUCGCCGUCGCAAAACCCGAUGGUUUAUCACGACGAGCCUCGUCAGAGAUCGGACUCGCGACUCGGAACGCCAAAUCGAUCGAAUGCGGCCAACUUGCAGUGUCAGAAUCACAAUCAGAUUAGAAUGUACACGGCGGAAACGUAUCUGAAGACGUGCAAGCCGUAUCAUCGCGAGAGCAACAAUAAGAACGCGCGACCGCCGUCGUACGGAACAACGGGAACGAAAAUCGUCAGCGCUCGAAGCGGUGAUCUGAUGUCUCGAAGUAUGACUUGUCAGAGUUCGAACGAUCUCGAUCACCUCGCCGAUCGGGACUACGACAUGAGCCAAAGUCUUAUCGUUACGAAAACCACCACCACGGAGUAUCUGCAACUGGAGAAAUACGGAUCGAAUCCGAGUAUCUGCAACGCGAGUAUCGACGGGAACGCCAAUCCCGGAAUUCUGAGACCAUCCGCCGCUCAUGGUUUCGGCUCGAAUCCGAAUAUCAAGCGAAUACAACCGCCGAGUCCGGCGUUCAAUCGAAAUCCGAGAUACAACGAGCAAAAGAGAGCUUACGCGAGGGUCAAAAGUCCUACUCCGAGUGUCGGUAGCAAUUGCUCCCUCGAAGAAUUGCGAGAAAGGCAAGCCGACGCGGAGAACAAACGCAGAGAGGCGGAGACAAAGCGGAAACAAGUGCAGGAAGAGAGGUUGAAGGAGCAAGAGGUCGAAAGGCAAAAUGAGAAAAUGAGACUCGAGGAGAUCCUGGCAAUGUGCGCCGAGUACGAAAGACAGAGCACAGUCGAAAAACCGAGGCAGCCCAAUCGAAUUAUAACAAACGGAUCUCUCCCGCGUGACAAAAGACUUGGUUACACUUCUCCUUUCGACAGCCCGAAGAGCCCGUCGAAGAACCAGCCUCAUUUCUCCUUCGAUACCGGCAAGCAAACCACGUGGGGCACGUCGUCCUACGAGAAUGUGUCCGUGCAAAAUUCGAAAAUGCUUCUUACAAACGGCAAUUCGUCCGUCAGUCGCAGAGAUCAAUCGGCUCAGGUGGAAAAUCACUUGUGCGACGUCUCCGUUGGACCGUCGCACGCGAGCACACCGAACAACGAUCACACGACGAAGUAUUCCGCCACCGUUUACACCCCGAACGGCAACCACAGAUUCUCAGGUCCCCAGAUCUGCGACGGUAACUACGAGAACGUUAAUGUCGAUAACAACAGCAACAAAAGAAACGGAAGUUACACCGAAGGAACAAAUUUCAUAAAGGCUGCUAACAAUACCAAAGGCUCGCCGUACGGAACGAUUCGACUGAACGGAACAAAGAUCGAACUGCAACAAGCGACGCCGAAUGGGAACGCGAGUAUUUACGAGAACAUCGUGCUGUCCCCAACGCGAAAUAACAAUCAGAAUCAUUCCAUGCCAAAGAAACACAGCCAACUGUCGAACUCGUGCGAAAUGAUAGAAAACAAACUGGCUAUAUCGAACGACGAUCUUCUCGAGGCGAUCGAGCAGUUGUCUAUGUUAUCGAAAUCCAAAGAAGUUUGCGUGACCCCUAAGCGUAAUAACUCCGAGAAGGACAACGCGAAGUCCAACGAGGUGAAAGCGGACAAAGAGAGAAAACAAGUCGAGGAGGAAGACAGAAAAAAGUACAUAGAAUUUCUGCAGAACGAGAAACUGCACAUCCUUGGAAAUAUGGACGUCUUGAAGAGGAGCGUAUCGGAAAUCGAAAUUCAGGAGGAGGAAAUUCACAGAGAGCUCGAAUUGGAGAAGGCGCUUUUAUCCGCGGAGUACGAAUCGGAAUCCUUGAAGCUCACGCAGGAUGAGGGAGAGAAGAUAAAGGUGCAAAUGCGAAUAAAUGAAUUGGAAAGAGAGAUGGCGGAUGACAACGCGAUUCAUUCGAAUUUGCAAACCGAGGCGAAGCAACGGAUACAAAAAGCACAGCAAGCUUGUGUUCGACUGGAUGAACAAUUAGGCAAUUGCACGGACGAGAACACGCAGCAGGAUCUAGCCGACAAAUUGGCAGCGCAGCAAGAUGUGCUCGAGAGCGAAAGGAAAGCUUUCGAAGACUUGGAGUUUCAUCAUCUCGAAGAAGAAGCGAGCAAAUUGGCUACGAGAGAAGAGCUGCAGAGAUAUUUGAGCGAACUCACGAGCAAGAUCGAAGGCAGAAGGUUGCAACUGAAUCACUUGGAAUCACAACGAUCCGAGGUGAAGAACAUGGCGACCAAAGAGGCUAGAAGUCUUGAGAGACAGAAAUUGGGUCAUUUGAAGCGAUUGGAAGAGGCACGAAAUCGAGUACGAGAGAUAAACGAGGAACUUAGUAAUCUGGCGCAUAACUCAACCGAAUGUUCCGAAGAGAAACGAUCUCCGAGCAGAGAAGACUUCGACAGGAUCUCCAGAGUAACGAACGAUUCUCCGAUAGUAAACAAUCAGGGCAGUUUGGGAAGAAAGACGAUCGAAUCCCUCAAAGAAAUCGAGAGAAAUCGACAGCUUCAUUUAGCUAAGCAAGGAAGUCAAGUAAUUUCAGAAGAAAGACGCAGAGUUGAAGAAUUGAAAAGGAGAGUACAAGACGAGGUUCGCUCGCAGUGGGAGGAACGAAAAUUGAACUGCACGUCUUUCAACAGCGUCGAAUCUGGCGAGGAAUCGUCAAGUUACUCGACUGGACCGACGGAAAGUGGUAGCAGAAGCAGCGACGGUGCGGACAGUGGAAAUAGUGAAAAAUUAUCUCCCAAUAAGCUUUCGGAUCUUACAUCACCCAGUCCAGGACCGUCGAAUAAUUCUUACAGUUUGCUUCAAAAUGAAAACAUGAGAGACGACAGAAGAACAUCGAUGGAAGGUGAGAGAUUUAGCGAUAAUAGCGUCGGCGGUGGCGGUGGCGGCGUUAUUGAUGGGAGCGGAAGUCGUCCUCUUUCUCAAACAUCCAGCGAGAUGGAUACGCUUGGAUCACUACAACCUGUCAAACAUCGCGAAAAGGCAAAACUUCAGAGGCCACUCACGAGAUAUCUUCCCAUCAAAUCGGAGUCUCUUGAUCUCAGGCAUCACAUAGAAACUGCCGGACAUCAGCUACCUCUGAUUUAUGAUGUUACGGUGGAUACGACGAGUUGCAGUGGCUAUUUGUCAAAGAUGAGCAAGAAGUUUCAUCAUUGGAACAAGCGAUGGUUCGUCUUCGAUCGCAAACGGAAAACGUUGUCUUACUAUAGCGACAACACGUCCCGUAAAGCACGUGGCGUAAUUUACUUCCAAUCGAUCGAAGAAGUCUACGUGGACCAUAUGAACACCGUCCGAUCACCACAACCUUCUCUCACCUUCAUCGUCAAGACUUCCUCCAGACUUUAUCACCUCAUGGCGCCCAGUCCUGAAGCUAUGCGUGUUUGGGUCGACGUUGUAUUUACCGGAGCAGAGGGAUAUCACGAAUUCGAUCACGGCGUUUGAUAAAAGACCUGUUUAUGAUGUAAAAUGAAUUCGUAAGUUCGAGUCGAAUUGUCCGACACGACGAGAAACAAGCACGCACAUUUCUGUGCGAGAUUUGAAAAUUAAUCAUUUUAAUAAGAGAUUGUUACAAAAAAAAAAAGAACUACGUGUACGCGAGAAUAAUAAAUGUUUUCAGUUAAAAGCAGUUGAUAUGUAAUGAGCUUUUCUUGGCAAUGUUCUUUAUCUUGAGAAAAACUUUCUCGCGUAAGAUCAAAUUACAAAAACGAUAAUUUUUCUAAAAAAGAAACAAAACAGCUAAUUGGAGAGAAUGAAACUUUCUAAGCUAUACCAGAAAAAUAAGGAGAUACUUUAAAGUGUUUUGAAUAUUAUGAAUUGAACGUUUAAAAAAAUCUUUGAGCCUCGCGUGUAGGUUCGUUUAUAAAGUGAUGAGUACUUUUUGUCUUUUGGCUUUUUGAUCGAUAUCUUAGUCCAGAAUAAUUUUUUCGAGAAUGUCAUACGCUUAUCCGUCAAGUAACAAAGUACUAAGAAACGACUGAAUUAGAAGGUAUUGACAAUAAUUAAUUCUAUUAAUCUUACUCUAAGUAUUCAUAAGAUCCAAAAAAAUUAAACUUUUUGCAACAGAAUAACGAUUUUUAUUCCAAUUGAAUUUUAUAGAAAAGUCGUAGAUCUUUUAAUAGACUAUACAUUCAAAUUGUUUAAAAAAUUAGUUUGUUUCAGUAUUUGAAGUGUAUAGAUUACAAUAUAACGUUUGCUACGCAUUUGACAAAUAAUAUAAUGUUUCUCAAAACAUUAUCGAACUAUUUGAUUUUAUCUUGUCCUUAAUUCUUAAGGAAAAAGACAAAUUUCAUAAAUUGUUUAUAAGAACACAUAAUAUAUGUAAUUAUAGAGAAUAUAUAUGUAUAAU